AUGUCUUCCACCACUCAAUCCUUCCGGGAAAUCAUCGGCGUUCCCCGCUCCACAGCUUCCCCGCAAGACUCAACCCUCAUCAUCAUCGACGCGCAAAACGAAUACGCCACCGGCGCUUUGAAGACCGAGAACGUGGAGCAAACCCGCAAAGUCAUUGCUAAACUACUGCAAAGAUACCGUGAAGGCAACAACGGCAAGAACAUCGUGCACGUUGUUCAUGAGGUUCCCGAAGGCGCCCCCGUCUUCACGCCGAACACCGCGCUGGCGCAGGAGUUCGAGGAGCUUACUCCCAAAUCGGGCGAGAAGGUCAUAGCCAAGAACUUCCCUAGCUCGUUUGCGAAGACCGAUCUGCAUGCCUAUCUGCAGGGUCUGGGCGAUGUAGGAAAGAAGGUCGUGCUUGUUGGAUAUAUGGCGCAUGUUUGUGUUUCUACUACUGCCCGGGCGGCUGCGGAGCUUGGAUAUGAUCCGAUCAUUGUCAGAGAUGCCGUUGGUGACAGGGAUAUCCCUGGUGUUAAGGCUGAGACUUUGGUUUCGGUUGUGUUGAGUGAGUUGGCUGAUGGGUUUGGGACUGUCGUUUCUGAGGAGGAGAUUGGUGCAUAA